AGUAAUCUGAGCUAACAAGAAAGACUAGAAAAGAGACGAGUGAGAGCAGAGACACAGGCAUGUACUGGAUCUGCACAGAAGGAAAGCUUUGCUCCUAUAAUUAAAUAUACAGUUCUUUGCUUUCCUUCACAAAAGCUUGCACAUGCUUAAACCCAUCAAGAGAAAUUCAGGAUAACUGACACGUCUGCUCUGCAUUUUAAUUAAGAAAAGAGAACAUAAAAUUGGAUGAACUACUAUAUCCUGGCUGCAAACAGAACAGAUAAAUCUUCAGUGUCUUCCCCAUUAAAACGGCAGGGAUCUGCCUGAAUAGGAUUGAGUGUGCAGCCAUGUGAACUGUGCGACCAGCAUGCUCAUCCCUAUUAAGGGGGUUUUCCUUUCAAGAAGACGAACACCAAUCAGUUAGAGUAGAACGGUCACUGCACCUUUGUGAGUAACAUUAUUGCUCCGUUGGAUUUUGUUGCUGUGUUUUCUCUCCAGGUGUGGAAUUAAUCACUGGACACAAUGAUUAUCUACAUAUUCCUUUCUUGCAUACUGUUCAGUAUCCCGUCUGGAAUGACUGACUCGGAGCUAUUAUCAAUGGCUGCAUGUAAAACAUUGUGCUUGUGCAGUGAAAAGGAUGGAAUAUUUUUUGUGAAUUGUGAAGACAAAGGCAUCAUAAAUUUGUCUGAAAUAAAUAUUCCACCAUUCCAAUACAUGGAUCUUAAUCUUUUGAACAAUGGCUUGUUUAAAAUUCAUGAGAAUGAGCUUUCAAGCUUCAAUAAUAUCAUGUCUCUUCACCUUGGAUUUAAUAACAUUGCUGAUAUUGAACCAGGAGCAUUUAAUAACCUCAGCAUCCUUAAAAAACUUCAUAUUAAUCACAACUCUUUAGAAAUACUAAGAGAUGACACAUUUAAGGGGUUGGAAAACCUGGAGUUUCUUCAGGCAGACAAUAAUUUUAUUACUACGAUAGAACCAAACACUUUUAGUAAACUUACAAAACUGAAGGUUCUCAUCCUUAAUGACAAUGCCAUUGAGUCUUUACCUAGCAAUAUUUUUCGUUUUGUACCUCUAACACACUUAGACUUACGAGGAAACCAGUUACAAACCCUUCCUUAUGUGGGGCUAUUAGAACACAUUGGUCGAAUCACAGAGCUGCAGAUCGAAGACAAUAAAUGGGUUUGCAACUGUGACUUACUUCAACUAAAGCUUUGGCUUGAGAACAUGCCAAGACAAUCCACAAUAGGGGAAGUUGUUUGUUACAGUCCAUCAAAUUUUAAAGGUACACUACUGAGAAGAUUACAAAAUGAAAUGUUCUGUUCCAAUCAAGAUAAGUUAGAAAAUCCUUCAUGGCCUCUCUCAUUAGUUGGAACUGCUUCAAUAAAUAAUGAUCGGACACCAACAAAAAUAGCAUUAGUACAAAAAGCACCAACUAAGGAUCCAGCAUUAUUUAUUCCCCCCAAAUCAUCCACACUUCUACCAGACCUCUAUUGUCCUGUUCCCUGCCACUGUUCAAGUCACACUCUUCCAGGGACGUUGAUCCAUUGCCAGGAGCGUAACCUUGAAAGUCUUUCAGAUAUUGGACGACCACCUCAAAAUCCAAGAAAACUUAUAUUGGCAGGAAAUCUAAUCAAUGUGUUACACAAAGGAGACUUUACAGAUUAUGAGAACCUUGAAAUGCUUCACUUAGGAAACAAUCAUAUUGAAAUUGUAGAAGAGCUAUCUUUUUUUAAUUUGACUAAAUUACAAAAAUUGUAUCUAAAUGGCAACCGUCUAAGAGGCUUAAACCCCAGCAUGUUCAUAGGGCUGAUAAAUCUUGAGUAUCUGUACUUAGAAUUUAAUUUCAUAAAGGAAAUUUUACCUGGAACAUUUUCUUUAAUGUCAAGACUUAAGAUUCUUUAUUUGAAUAACAAUCUCAUUCAGUUUUUGCCAGAUCAUAUUUUUUCUGGAGUCCCAUUAACAAGUUUAAAUCUGAAAAGCAAUCAAUUUCUGAGUUUUCCAGUAAGUAAUGUUUUAGAGGACUUAAGUUCACUUCUCCAAAUUGAACUUCAAGAUAAUCCUUGGGAAUGCACUUGCAAUAUAAUAGGACUCAAAAAUUGGGUACAGCAACAAACAAAUAUAAUGGUCAGUGAAAUUCCAUGCAGCAACCCAGUUGAGUUACUGAAAAAAGAUUUGAAAUCCAUUCAAAAUGAAAUAUUAUGCCCAGAAUUAGUAAUAACAUAUCCAGUUCAAUCCAGUUAUCCACCUCAAGUUGCAACAACUAGUACAGUUGACACUAUAUUGAGAUCACUUUCAGAUUCAAUACCCCUUUCUGUUGUAAUACUUGGUCUUCUUAUUCUUUUGCUUACAACUGUUCUAUGUUCAGCAGGGAUCAUUGUUCUAGUUUUACAUAGAAGGAGAAGGUCUAAAAAGAAACAGGUUAAUGGGGAAAUCAGAGAAACAAGUCCUGUUCACAUCCAGUAUAGCAUGUAUGGCCAUAAAACAACCCACCAUACAACUGAGAGACCAAGCUCAACACUUUGUGAGCAGCAACUUUUAAACCCCAUAGUACAAGUUUAUCAGAAUCCUCCAUUUAUUCCAAAACAAGGAGAUGAAGACAUAGAAGAAAAGGUUGAGGUUGAUUCAAAAAAACAUCGCAGAAGUAUUUUGGAAAGGGAGAAUGAUUCACCUCUAACAAGUUCCAAAGUAAACUUUAAAGCUAGUGACCCUCAAGAAUUCCUGGCUUUUCAUGAUGCCAGCUACUUGUACAGAAACAUGAUGGAAAAAGAAAAUGAGAUUAAACAGCUUGGGAUUGCAGAAUAUUUAAGAAAAAAUAUUGCUCAUUUGCCAUCAGAUCUUGAUAUGCAUUACCCCAGGAGCCAUGAAGAGGUAAAACUGAUGGAAGCACUUUUGUACUCCAGACCACGGAAGCUUCGAGUAGAGCAAACACAAAAUGAAUAUUUUGAACUUAAAGCCAAUCUCCAAGCAGAGCCUGAUUACUUAGAAGUUUUAGAACAAAGGACUUGAAUCGCUAUCUUAAAUUUAUAAAAGAAACUUGACAAAAUUCAGUCUGGCAUUGCUAUAUAUUUGUUCUAGUGCCUAUUUUGAUAAAAAACAAAACCUAAGAAAAUGAACACAUAUAUGCAAUCUCAGGGAGAAUUAUGAUGAUUCUGAUUCUUCAAUACUUUGGCUUACAAAGGGUAGAUUAAUUUCCAAUUGUUUUUAUACUUUCAUUGUUCUGUUAAUAAUGAUUUUUUAUAUUGUUUUAAGCAAUAGAGUACUCAUGGACCUUUAAAUACUAGAACUGCUUGGAUUUUUAGCAUAACCUUGCACCAAAAUGUAUAGUUCUAAGAAUAACUGAUAGAAAUGAUGUACACUUACCAAUCCAAACUUGCCACUUAAAAUCAACUAACAUGUUUAAUAUGCUUGCAUGAAUUUAAUUUUUCUGUUUCCAAAGUUCCAAAGUUUUUCUAGUUAAAAUGUAAUCAAUAGUGUUCACACAGUACUUGGCAAAUGCAUCAAUGUGUAAAUAUUUGAGUGAUAUUGUAUAGAAUGUCUUUAGCUACUGAGAUGAAAAUACAGUAAUAUAUUAAGCACUCCUUUGCUGGACAAUGGAGAAAAUGAAGGAAAUAAAGAAAGGUUAAAUACAUUGAAAUUGUGAUUAAUGGGUUCACCUGGCAUCUCAGACUAUAUAACAAUUCUUUGACAUUAUGUAAACAUGUAGGUGGCAAAUAGGCAUACUAAAGGGCUCAUAUACUGAUGGUGGGACAGGAUAAAAAAUACAAAACACAAGAGUAAGUCAACAUGCUUUUUUGAACUUUGCACACUCUCUGCCAUCAGUAAAUGAAUGGUGGGUCAAGGGAGGCAAGCAGACAUUCAUUUCCCACCUUCUAAGCAACCCCUAACUUGUGCACCAUUCAGACAGACUUAUAUAGUGAGGACUAAGCCCUGUACUCACCACCUGACAAGGUAGUCCUGCCUUGUCACUGCCAGAGCUGUGCUCUGCAUCUUGCUUCUGAUUUUUGAAUAAGCACUAAGGGACACAAUUAUGCUUCACUUAGUGCCCUAACAUCUAGAGCAAUAAUAACUGAGCCACUGUCUCAAAAAAGGCACACCAGUGACCUUUUUAUCUGUAUAUGUUUCCCCAAUCUGCUAAUAAUUUAAUAGCUUAAUCAAGUUAUACACUCAUGAAUUUGAUCACCCAGUUUGUUCAUUUUGAACCUGGCAAAUGACUGGUCAUUGUGUAUGUCCCCCAUUUGAGCAUCUUAAAGAACCUCAUUCUCAGGUCAUUAAUUAAUUACCCAAAAUGGUAAACCAUGUUAUUCAAAUAAGCCCUUAUUUUCAUGUAUAUGAAGUUUUAGGACAUUAUAUAGCAGAAAUAGUGGUCAGUUCAAUCAAAUCAAUUCAAUGUAGUGAUCCAAGCAAGAGGCCAAAUUGCAAAAUGCCUGGAGGCCAGUUCAUCUAAGUGGAUUGAUCACUACAUUUAAUCUUUCCUUUUUAUUUUGGACUUUAAAGCAUUUAUGCACUUUUUAUGCAUUUGUCUGCAUAUUUGACACAUCAAAUGUCAUAAAUUGGUUAAACCCUUCCCUUUAAUAGCUAAUUAUUCCAAGAUCAAUCUACUGUGUGUAUCUCCUGUAAAAAUAUAUAUAUAUAUUUUUUUUUUUUUAAACUUCUGUGUUGCCUUUGGUUCACUAUUCAGUCAUAGUUACUGUGAACUGAGAGCUAUGUUCAGCUGCAUAUUUAUGCUUAAUCAUAUACAUGUUAAAUGUAAGCUGCCAUAGUAGGAUCUUUUUUCAAAUAAAUCAUUUUGUAAAUAGAUGCUAAUGAAACCGUGAACACAAGUGGCCAAACUAUCUUUAAACAUAGCCAGCAUCUAAAUUAAACUGGACACAUUGGUUUAUGAACCUCUGCAAUUCACUUGACUCUUGGAUGUUCACCCACCUUGUACCUAUUUACUGUAAAUAAACACAACAAAGAACCUGUUUUGUAGAUUUGUAAAAAAAAUAUGAAAUUCCAUUUGUAUAUAUGUGUAUUUGUAAUUAAUUAAUAUACACUUAAUAUAUUUAUCUAUGAGUGGCAUUUAAGCUCUUUCUUUAUGUAUUCAUUUAAGACAAAUAAAAUAUUGUUUG